ACUCGCGAGAGUUCUGCGUCCACAUUUCUAUUGCCGCUGCAAAGUUUUUCCUUUGAGGCCGGGAGCUUUUUACGUGUAGCUGAGAUAUCGCGAGAUCUACGGGGGAAUGCAGCUUGUGUAGGCCGCGCCGCUCGCGAGAACUGAAGGGGAAGAAGUGGUGCCUGUGGUAACACCAGGCGGACGUUUAUUUUGCGGGGUAAAUCCCCCUCCUCCCCUUUUUCCCGCCGAAAUCCCGCGAGAUUCUCCCGUUAGUGACCGGCACCCUCUGCCUGGUCUCCUCACCCUUCAGUGACACAUUGAAGACACGAGAGUGGCGGUGAAUAGACAAAUAAGAGAGGCCGCGGGGAAGAAGCUGUGUCUGUUCCAGACGUGAGGAAAGAAAAGCCGUUUUGGGGGACGGACUCUCGUCAGGAGACACAGGAACUCUCAGCUACUGCUGCUUCUUCCCAUCAUCCCCUGCGGGAGCCUUCCCACAAUUCCACCUCAUGAGGUUCCAUUCGAUGUUCUGAGGAAAACUCCAGCUCCACAUUGAAUGGGAGACAUCUCUGUGACAACCAUUGUGUUGCACUUGGACAACUUCCACCAGCCAGAGCUUUUUUUGUUGUUCAACACUGGGCUUUAACUUUGCCUUUAAGGAAACUGUGGAAGAUUCUUAGGCCUCUUCUCACACAAGUGCAGGGACUUCAAGGACACCAUAAUCCAAAGACCCCCUUUUUUGCCGCAAAAAGUUACAUUUGAGAAGCUUUAAAAGUCAAUCACGGGAGCGGUAUAUGGAGGGAGGUUUUUUCUACCCUCUAACGGACUCUGUCACCUACCUUCAGGCCGGUUGAUUACCACGUCCAUGUAGAACUGUGUGGUAUAGAAUCUCGGUGAAUGAGGGAGACAGGGUAAAAAGGAAGGGUGUUUUUUUUUUUUUGUUUAUAUGAAAUAACAUUAAGUACAAUUUCAUCAUUCAGCUGAAGAGAGAUCUGUUGAAUUUGUGGGGUUUUCCCCAACCCAUCCCCUUCUCCUUUUUUAUUUUUUAAAACUAUUUACUCCUCAGCUGAGCAGCAGAGGAAUGCCAAACCCAGCGCGGCAUGGGAACAAGAAGGACAGCGGUGGGUCAGCUUCUACCAUGCCGGAGAGCAGUGGAAGUGUCAACAACAAAGACCGUCAACGUAUCAGCUCUAAACACAAGAGGCAUAAGUCUAAACACCUCCGAGAAUCUACUGUCCCAGAGCCGCAAACCUUGAGUACCUUGAAGCUGGUGGAAUAUGAUGACAUCAGCUCUGACUCUGACACUUUCUCCGAUGUUCCAGCCAAGCAAGAAAGGAGGGAAAAUGACGAGAGGCGUACUUCGGAGAAGAGCGAGAAACUGCAUAAAUCUCGCCACCGGCACCAACACAAACGGCUUAAAGAGGCUUCCAAGACGAAGCAGGUAGAGAAGGAGAAGAAGGUAGAAAAAAGUCAAGAGGUAAUAGCAAACAAGGUACCCAGUACUAAAGACAAGAUACUUAGUUCAGCUAAAAGGACUGCAGAAGAGCAGGAGGAGCAUGGAUCCACGUCUAAAAGCAGCAGUAAAGACUCCCGAUCUAAGAUGUACAAGGACAAAUCAAGGAGGGAAAGGGAGAUGAAACCUGGACACAAGGAGAGGAGCAAAAGUCACCGGAAAAGGGAUUCGUCCAAACGCUAUAAAACCUCAGACAGUCCUAAGCGGAAAGGCCGGAGCCCUCGCAGGAAGUACGGUGGCAGCCCAAAGCAGGAUGACAGUAACUCUGAGGGAUCUUGUGGACAAGACUAUGAUGAUAGCCCUUCACGUUUGCACGCUUCUGGUAACUUCAGUGAGACUUAUAGGAAAACCACGGACAGUCCCAGUUACAAGGAGCCUGCGGCUUACCAAAGCAGUGCACGCUCGCCAAGUCCUUAUAGCCGAAAACAGCGUUCUGUGAGCCCCUACAGGAGGCGGUCAUCUAGUUAUGAAAGAGGUAGUGGUUCUUACAGUGGGAGGUCCCCGAGCCCUUAUGUGCGAAGGAGGUCCAGCAGUCCGUUUGUGUCUAGGCGUUCAUUGAGUCGGAGCCCAGUGCCCAGAAAGUCUGCCAAGUCUAGAAGCAGGAGUCCCUUGUAUCCCAGAAAGUCAUCGUCAUCAUCUCGCAGCAAGAAGCAAAAAUCUCAGUCAAAAAGUCGCCAUUCCAGUAUUUCGCCUGCCAGACUACCGUUAAACUCUAGCCUUGGAGCUGAGCUGAGUCGCAAGAAGAAGGAGAUAGCGGCUGCAGCGGCGGCAGCUGGUAGAGAAUCAAAAGGCAGUCCCUUGGUUUUGAAAAGAGAGAGUGUGGAUUUUAGAGUUGCCUCUACAGUGGACCUCAAAAAGGCAACCAAAGUUCUUAAGUUGGAAAAACCUGUUUCUGAUGCAGAAAUAGUGACUGCAACCAGUUUAGAAACCAAAAUUGUUUCUGCCAAACAAGAGGAGAGUGAGAAGAAACCCCAGGUACAGGCUAAAGAUGCUAAAAUUUCAGGAUUAAAGGACUUCAAACCAGCACCCAUCAAGGAGGAAGUAAUGACUCCAAAAGAAGGAGUGACAGACAGAGAUAAAGAUGUUCCUCCUGUUCCUCUUCUAUUGUCCCCACCACCACCUUUACCAACAUCCACUCCUCCUCACCCUUCUAUUCCCCCACUGCCCCCUCUUCCACCAUCUCCAGUUGUCCAGCAACAGCCACCUCCACCCCUACCACCUCCACCUACACUAACAUUCCUGCCCCUUCCUACUACAGUGGCUGCCUCUUUGACAUCCUCCCAUCAUGUACGGCAAUCAUCUUUGUUUAAUCAGACAAACUCCCAGCCCCCAGUUCCUUCACCUGCCAAGCCUCUGCCACUUGUAACAGUCCCUCACCUGAAGACAUCAACACUCCCUCCCUUACCACUUCCACCACUGCUGCCAGGCGAGGAUGAUAUUGAAAGCCCUAAGGAGAUCCCUCCUCCCAAAAUUGUUAAGAAGGAAAGAGAUAAGGAUAGACCACGUCAUCUCUUAACUGACCUUCCUCUGCCUCCUGAGCUUCUAGGUGGUGACCCAUCACCUCCAGAUUCACCUGAAAGGAAAGUAAUAACACCUCCUCAGCCACCCUUAAAGAAGAGACCAAAAAUCUGUUGCCCUCGUUAUGGCGAAAGAAAACAGACAGAAACCGACUGGGGAAAGAGAUGUGUGGACAAGUUUGACAUUAUUGGAAUUAUUGGAGAAGGAACCUAUGGGCAGGUUUAUAAAGCCAAGGACAAAGAUACAGGAGAACUUGUGGCCUUAAAGAAAGUUCGACUAGAUAAUGAAAAGGAAGGCUUCCCCAUUACUGCCAUCCGGGAAAUAAAAAUCCUGCGACAGCUCAUUCACAAGAGUGUGGUCAACAUGAAGGAGAUAGUAACGGAUAAACAGGAUGCAUUGGACUUCAAGAAAGACAAAGGUGCCUUUUAUUUGGUGUUUGAAUAUAUGGACCAUGACCUGAUGGGACUGCUGGAAUCAGGACUGGUGCAGUUUUCUGAAGACCACAUAAAGUCUUUUAUGAAACAGCUGAUGGAAGGGCUGGAAUAUUGCCACAAAAAGAACUUCCUUCACAGGGAUAUCAAAUGCUCUAACAUUCUGCUAAACAACAGUGGUCAGAUUAAGCUAGCUGAUUUUGGACUGGCACGACUUUAUAGCUCAGAGGAAAGCCGUCCAUACACCAAUAAAGUGAUUACACUGUGGUACAGACCCCCAGAGCUGCUUUUAGGAGAAGAGCGCUACACUCCUGCCAUAGAUGUGUGGAGCUGUGGAUGCAUCCUUGGGGAACUUUUUACAAAAAAGCCCAUCUUCCAAGCCAAUCAGGAGUUGGCUCAGCUGGAACUGAUUAGCCGAUUGUGUGGCAGCCCCUGUCCAGCCGUGUGGCCGGACGUCAUCAAACUGCCAUACUUCAAUACUAUGAAACCGAAGAAGCAGUACAGACGGAGGUUACGGGAAGAGUUUUCCUUUGUUCCCACACCUGCUCUGGAUCUGUUGGACCAUAUGCUUACACUGGACCCUAGCAAACGUUGCACUGCAGAGCAGACUUUACAGAGUGAUUUCUUGAAGGACAUAGAUGUCUGCAAGAUGGCUCCUCCAGACCUCCCUCACUGGCAGGAUUGUCAUGAGCUGUGGAGUAAAAAACGAAGAAGACAAAGACAAAGUGGCAUCAUCCUUGAUGAACCCCCAGCCAUCAAGGCCCCUCGAAAAGAAAGUGUAUCAGUCCCCAGUGUAGAUGCCACGAAAAACAGCAGCCCAGCACCUUUGCAGCCAGUGAAAGCAGAGCCCAGUAUUAGUGACUUAGCGGUUUUAGGGGAUAUCACCCAGCAGCUGAAUCAGAGUGAGCUGGCCGUCCUGCUGAAUCUUCUUCAGAGCCAGACAGACCUCAAUGUUACCCAAAUAUCUCAGCUGUUAAAUGUACAGGCCAAUACAGAGAUACAGCAGCAGCUGGAGGCUCUUAACCAAUCUAUCACAGCCUUGACUAGUGCUGCAGUUUCUCCCCAAGAAACUGAGCCACCUAAAGAGCCCCCUGCCCUUGACCAAGUGGACCUUCUAGGGGCAGGAACUCAGGGAGAGGUGCACAAUGUUCUAGCCGUCCUACUGAGCCAACUCCUCAAGCCCCAGGAUGUUGUUGAUGCACCUGGAGAAAGCAAUGGAGAGCAGAGUGGCGGCAACCCCACGGCACACAUCAGUCUUGAGGAAGAGGAGGAACCAGAUAAACACCAUGAGCAAAAUGAAGAGGAGGAGGAAGACGCAGAUGGCGUCAAACGGAGUAACCCUCCGGCCGCUUGUCAUCCCCGUAUCCUGCCUCCAGAGAAGAGACCCCCAGAGCCUCCUGGGCCCCCUCCUCCCCCACCACCCCUUACCGAAAGCAACACGCAAGAUGUGAAUCCAGAAGUUACAGCGGUCCUCCUACAGCUCUUCUCUAACCAAGAGGUGGAAGCUCCUUCCAUUAAAGGCAGCAGAGAAAGACAGGCCCUCCGGCCUCCCUCAGAGUUGUCACAAACACUGUCCUCCAGGACUUACAGCACCGAGGGCACGGAGGAAAACUUGAAUGCGGACACGGACGAAAGAGACUCUGGGCAACUGCUAGGGAAAUGUUCACCACAAACUGUACGGAAAAGCAGGACAUUCCCAGGGCAGCUGGGGGAAUCAAGUGGUUACCAGGGAACGGGAUCCGUGCAGUUCCCAGGGGACCAAGACCUCAGGUUCACCAGGAUCCCUCUAGGGAUGCACUCUGCUGCAGUGCCUCCACCUGGACAACUAGAGGGGAGCAGUAAUAACUCUCACCUCUUUCAAGAAGCCAAAAUCCCAAAUUACAGUGAGUUGGGGUCAGGGACCACAGCGGCAGGGACAAACCAGGCUUGGGAUACCCAAUCUCCAACCUUGGGCAAGGUAUACAGGGCUCCUGCCCGAAUCCCUCCAAGAGGGGGGCGCGGAAGAGGGGUCCCUUACUGAGACUGCCUCCUAUGAGCUAGGUUCUGUAAUAUUGUUUAAAUGGGAGCUGCAACAACUUCUAUCUCCCAGGGGUGUCCCAGAAAUAUGGCGAAAAGGGCCAAGCGUGAAAACUCUGCAGUCCAAAGGGGUGAACUACUCUACCAACGGCCUCAUUGCAGCUCACACGUUUAAUCGUCUCUGCAAAAGCCUGCGGGAUGUUGGCGACCUAGACUUGAGUUUUUUUUCCUUAAGGACAUGUAAGUCUGCUCUAUCUCCCUCCCUCUAACGGUUAAUGCGAAAUAAAUGAACCCUUGAAAUUGCAACUUCUGCAGCCCGAAGUGCUUUUGGCAAUAGACAUGGCUUCAUUUGGACCCAUCAAUUUGAAAUCCAGAGAAGACACGCAGGAAUGCAGCUGGCUGUGUAAAAUUGUAAAACCCAAGCCAAUAUUGGUUUGUUUUUUUUUGCGUCAAAACUGCUGGAAUAUAUAUAUUUAUCUGUCCCUAACCAACCACUCUUCCUUUUUUUUCCCUUUUUUUAACCUUGCCUGUCCUGUUUCACGUCUCCAAUGCAACCUUUGAACCUUAAAUUUCAGAGCAGAAUAUCCCAAAGGACAGACAAUGAUAUAUUCUGCCGUUUGUGUUUAUAUAAAUAUAUAUAUAUACAUACAUUUUUUUAGGGCCGAAUCAGGUCAAUGGAAAACUUUGUUGUUUUUUCUUUUCUGUUCUAGUUUUGUUCCUUCUUUAUUUUUUUUUAUUUUUUUUUUUUCUCACUGUUCUGGCACCCUGAAAAUCGGACCUUUUUUUUUAAAAAAAAAAAAAGUUGUUGAAGGGCCUAAACAAAUAAACAAGAAUUAAAAAAAAAAAA